ACAACAUGACAGGAGCUAACAGGCACUACUCUCCAUGAAGCCUAACGUGUUUAUUUCUUAAGUUUUGUUAAUUAGCUGGUAGUUAGAUAGAUAACAUCUCUAAAUAUGUUCAGGUCCGUCGCCUGUUCGUGCGUGCGACACGGGAGGAAAGUCUCGGUCCCUGUAGCUAAGCUGUCCCUCUUUUCAGCGGUUAAAAACUCGACCACGACCCUGAAUGUAACCGGGGUACAACAUUUGUCACGACACCGGUCAUCCGGACUCCUCACACCGGCUCCCUGGCAGUCGCCGUUCGCCAGAUGCGUGUCCCUUUCAGCCGCUUCCCAGCGGGGUACAGACCCGCUGGAAUCCCCCUCAACACGAGCCGAGGGAGACCCACCAGACCGGGAGGACUUCGGCUCCUCCACCGACAUGUCCUCCAGGAGGUCGUUCAGGAAAACGAGCCCGUACAUCCAGAAUCUGCGGCACCAAGAGGAGGACGAUGACGGGGAUGAAGACCCGGAGAAAGCUCGCAGGAGGCCCGGGAGGAGAAACACACCGUACUGGUACUUUUUACAGUGCAAGAGGCUGAUCAAAGAGAACAGGCUGCAGGAGGCUUUGGAUAUGUUCAGUAGAGACAUGCUGCAGGGAGAGAGGCUGCAGCCGGAGGAGUUCAACUACACUAUGCUGAUAGGAGGCUGUGGACGAGCUGGACAACUGAAGAAGGCUUUCAAACUCUAUAAUGAUAUGAAGAAACGUGGUCUAGAUCCUACAGAUGCCACCUACACUGCGUUGUUUAAUGCCUGCGCUGAGUCACCAUCAAAACAAGCUGGUCUACAGCAAGCGUUGAAGUUGGAGCAAGAACUUCGGCGUAAAAACUAUCCUCUCAGCACCAUCACGUACCACGCCCUUCUUAAGACACAUGCCAUCACCAACCAUCUUCAAGCCUGUAUUCACACACUCAGGGAGAUGGUGCAGAACGGCCACGCUGUAACUCAGGAGACAUUUCACUAUGUGCUGAUGGGCUGUUUGAAGGACACAGGAUCUGGAUUCAGACUGGCUCUACAGAUUUGGCGCCAGAUGCUCCGAUCGGGGAUUCUUCCAGACUCACAGAACUAUAACCUGCUCCUGCGUACGGCCAGGGAUUGUGGGAUUGGUAAUGCCGCCUUGGCCACUGGCGUGCUGCUGCGGCCUGACCAGAAGUACGAGGGGGAACAUGUGUCACAUGUAAAGUCAGAGUCUGGACACAAAGAUCCAAUAGACAUUGACCUCCUGGAGAGGCAAUUGUUUAUCCAACCUGAUGCACGCAGUGAGAGUCAGCGGGACGGCAGAGACAGUGAGCACGAGUCCGACGGCAGACAAGAUGCAACCGCUUUAAUACCAGUCACACAAAGAGAAACCGCCCCGCUUCCUGUUGACUUAACAGCUGAUUCCGCAGCCCCAAACCUACUGGAUCUUUUUGAGGGUAAAAGGGGUGGUGUGGUGUCCCUCGGCAGCGUGAAUGCACCUGCAGAUAGGCUCGCCCUCAUCGGAGGAGCUAAAGGUUUCCUGGAGAAGAUGGCGGCUAGCAGCCUCAGUCCAGACCUCAAGACUCUGACUCUGCUGGCCGACACGAUGGAGCCGGGCUACCAGUCUCUGCAGGUGCUGCUGAAGGUCGCCAAGCAACACAAAGUGAAGCUCGAUGUCGCGUUCUUCAACUCUGCGAUUCGCAGAGCAGCCAAAGCUGGUGAUCUGGAGGGGGCAAAGUCUGUGUUGACUGUAAUGCGACAGCGCAACGUAAGUGUGGAUGCCCAGACAUUUGGGAGCCUUGCUUUUGGCUGUGAGCGACAGCAGGACGGGCUGCAGCUGCUGAAAGACAUGGAGGAGGCGGGAUUUAAGCCUAAUGUCCUGGUGUUCUCUGUUCUGAUUGGCAGAGCAUCUCGAAGACUGGAUUACAUUUACCUUAAAACAUUGCUCAAAAGCAUGAGCAGCAUGGAGGUGUGGCCUAGUGAGGUCAUCAUCCGACAGCUGGAGUUUGCCUCACAGUAUCCUCCCAACUUUAACCAGUACAAAUCCAGGAACAACUACCUGGUCCAAAUCAAUGGUUUCCGUGGUUUCUACCAGCAGUGGCUGAGAAACAUGCCCGCUCAGAGCGCUGAAGACGUUCAGGCAGCGCUGCAGUCUGAAGCGGACGCUGCGGUGCUGAAAACAGACGCUUCAGAUGGACUGACGGAGGCCCAAAGGAACCAGAGAGCAGCUGCGAGGAGAUAUAACUCUCGAAAAAAGGACAAGAUGAGCAGUGCUGCUCUGUGACGGCACUCCUGAACAUACCUCUUAUUUCUCCUCUGUCCUCUGUUUGCAUUCAGCUGUACAACAUUGAUGGAUCCUAAGUUAAAGCACCAGCUCCAUCCUCUUUUUCUUUUAAUGAUUUUGUUUUUGGCUUUGUUGCCUUUAUUCAGACAGGACAGCUUAAAUGUGAAAGUAAAGAGAAAGAGAGAGAGAGAGAGAGAGAGAGAGGGGAUGACAUGCAGUAAAGGGCUGAGGCGGGAAUCAAACCCACGGCUGCUGCAGUGAGGACAUAGGCUCUGCACAUGGGGCACCUGCCCUACCAACUGAACCACCAGGCACCACAGCAGCUCCAUUUUCUGUCGGUCCGCGUAUUGCAGAUGCAUUCUUCUCCAAAGAUUGAUGUUAUUGUGAUUUCUGUUGCAAUUAAAGGCUUUCUUCUUA